AUGUCUCUACCUUUAGCUCUAUCCUUCGAGCCGGAGGACGAAGCCUUAGCAAAAGCCCGAAAAAAGAAUAGGCUUGCUCAGAGGAAGCAUAGACAAAAAAAGAAAUCCCUCAGCAAUGCGGCGAGCGAGCAAAGCCAAGACCCUCCCGAGAUGAUACAGGGGUGGCCGCAUAUGGUCGCUAUAGAAGGAGACUCGCUAAGAAACUAUGGUCGUAAUAAUGAAGAAGUCUUUGGAAACUACGGCCGAAUUCCUCCAGAGGCGGGUAGCGAUCAUGAGCUUUACAUCACAAGCCCAGGUACGGAUGUAUCGCAAGAUCUAUCUAUACGGGCAAUGGACGUCUCAGGACCAUGGAGCUUCCCAAGAGAAAUAGGCACAUUGAUGAGCCCUAGCAUCCUCAGCACCGUUUCCUUGAGUUACGAGGAUGAGAUACAGCUACUGUCUCGGGAUGGCCGUAUAGCCUCAUCCAAUAACUCAAUAUUACCAGGAUAUAAUCACGACUGUGUGUCUCAAGCUCCUUUCAGCAGCGCCCACGGUUCGGUAUCGCCCGAUACCAACUGUGCAACCCCAAUCUCGCCUGAAAAAGCCACAUCUCUCAGAAUGGGACACAAGGGUCAAGCGAAGGAUCGCCAUAACUCAAUUGCGUCUCAAGACAGUUCCCGAGGUUCUGAUAGAUCUGAUGUACCGCAUUGGCAUUCACAGGCAAUCUCCGCUGUGUCUAAUGCAGGCGCUAAUCAAGCCGGGGAUUUCCUGACAUCAACUACAUACGCACCGAUGGAUUCGAGACUAACUGCGUCUGAAGAUCAUAUUUUUCAGGCCGCGAAUAUCAUGCGGGCGGAAUCCUUCCGGCACAGCCCCCAAGAGGACGAGGCUUUACGACUUGAGAAAGUUCUCGAUGCAAUAGACGAAGCUGGGUUUGACAGCGUCGACUCUAUGGCUACUGCCUACUACACCUCUGUAUUCCCACCAGAAUCUCCACUACACUCUGCACAAGCUUUGUCUAAGAGGCGACAUCUCAGAAAACUACUCGUAGCGUUACAUGAAAGUUCUAAGCGCUGGGAUGCACAAGAAUCGCAUAACUUCCAUGAGGGAGUUAUGCGAAGUGCGGAAGACAUACUUAUUGAUGAGAUGAAGUCGUUAGAUCUGGUUAGCACUAAAGGGGCAGAUGAUGACAAAUUUCUUGGCAAGCUCGAUUCGAUAUCAGCUAGAGAAGACCAUGAAGCCACCAAAGAACACAGAAGGGUUUUUAAACAAUAUGCACCCGAGACUUGGAGUUUAUUAACUGAGCUAGGAAAUGCCAUGGGUCUACGGCCAGCACAAAAUGUUCAACUAGUUUCUUCAUUCUUAAGUACAUUAGUUAGGAAAUAA